AUGAGCGUCUCUACAAUUUUGCAAAUUUUAGUGAUGCAAGCGGUGUUGUGGUGGAUAAGUGUUGAACCUGCUCUUCCAGUAGUAAAGGAAGUUGUCACUGGCACUAUUUUCCGCAAGUCAAACUAUUUGACGGUUGAUCAAUACACGGUGAAUAUAGCUGCAUCAUCAGCGAUUUUAGAAGUUGACUUGCUUUCGAUGGAGACAACAAACAACGUGACAUUCCUAGAUGUUAAUUCCGAUUGCGACUCGGCCUACAUCGAUCCUCAAGUCUAUUUGUUUCAGCAACUUAGUAGCGGUUCACUAUCGUUUAUAGCAAGCAACGACGAUGCUGGUGAUGAUAAUCCAGCUUAUUUUAGCCGUGGACGUACUGAUGGAUCAGUGUCGGCGUCAGACUCGUACCUGAUUCGGCAACUCAACAAAGGCACUUAUGUGCUUGCUGUUGGUCGGUAUCCACUCAGUCGAGCUGCUGCUAUUAGUGGUCGGAGCACUGACAGUGUCAAUGCCUUCUCUCCUUAUUUUUGUAUGGCAAGAAAAGCGAGUUAUGGCAAUUACAAGAUGACGGUACGUGUCCAGUCAUCAUCCAGCAACGGGGUUAUUACAAAGCGAGCAAAUUCAUACGUCGGGAACAGUUGCAAUGUAUCGCCGACCGUCACGACUGAGUGCGUCUAUGCACUACCAGCAGAUAUUGGCGGCGACAUUCUCAAGACGUGCAGUUACGACAAGACCAUCUACUAG